AUGGGGAGGUGCAAAGCUCCCCGGAUCAUCGGUGAGCCUGUCAGGGGGCCGGGGAGGGCCAGAGCCCUGCACCAGCGUCCCCUCUCACCCUCCUCCCAGGAGACCCGGGAGGAACAGCUGCGGAGUCCCCUCGGCCCCCCGCGGGCGCACAUCCGGCUGAGUCCAGUCCGACUCCGCAGUGCGGGGGACGCAGCUUUGCAUGCGCUGUGGGGAGAAGCGCCCCCAAAGCUGCGCGGUGACGCGGAAAACGGACCCAACAACAGCCGGCACCCAGGCGUCUUUGGACACAUCGGGGAGGACACGUCUUCGGCCCUCCAGCGGCUCGUGGAGCUGACGGCCACCAGGGUAACCCCCCUGAGAAAUCUGCGUGUCCGGUACCGUCUCAUCCGAGAGCUGGGCUCCGGCUCCUAUGGCCGCGUACUCCUGGCCCGGCCGCGCCAGGGAGGUCCUGCCGUGGCUCUGAAGCUGCUGCGUCGGGACUUGGUCCCGAGAACCACCUUCCUGAGAGAGUUCUGUGUGGGCCGCUGUGUCUCGUCCCACCCCGGCUUACUCCAGACCCUGGCGGGCCCCCUGCAGACCCCCCGGCACUUCGCCUUCGCCCAGGAGUACGCGCCACACGGGGACCUCAGCGGGAUGCUGCAGGAACGGGGCCUCCCGGAGCUGCUGGUGAAGAGGGUGGCGGCCCAGCUGGCUGGAGCCCUGGACUUCCUCCAUGGCCGGGGGCUGGUCCAUGCCGACGUCAAGCCAGACAACGUGCUGGUCUUUGACCCCGUCUGCAGCCGUGUGGCCCUAGGUGACCUGGGUCUGACCCGGCCAGAGGGCAGUCCAAGCCCUGCCCCACCGGGGCCACUGCCCUCCGCCCCGCCCGAGCUGUGCCUCCUGCUGCCACCUGACACGCUGCCCCUGCGCCCGGCAGUGGACUCCUGGGGCCUGGGGGUGCUUCUCUUCUGCGCUGCCACCGCCUGUUUCCCUUGGGCCGUGGCACUGGCCCCUGACCCCGAGUUUGAGGCCUUUGCUGGCUGGGUGACCACCAGGCCCCAGCCACCUCGACCACCCCCUCCGUGGGACCAGUUUGCAUCCCCCGCUCUGACAUUGCUCCAGGGGCUUCUAGACCUGGAUCCUGAGACUCGGAGCCCCCCGCUGGCUGUCCUGGACUUCUUGGGGGAUGACUGGGGACAAACGUGGGGUCUUGGCCGUGUGAGAUGUCAACCUGGUGGCAGGUGGGGGACACGCCUGGAAGUUCGCAGUACCAAGCUGUGCCGGAAAUCUGUUAUUCCGAAAUAAAGGUUUGUUCAAAAAUAG